UAUCACCCCUCGUCUCGCCUGUUGCCGCGGUCGCUCGUCUACCCCUGCCUCUUUCCGUUUUCGCACUUCCCGUUUUCACCACUGACCACUUUCUGAUCGAGAGGACAGAUGUUGUCGGUCUUGGCUUGGGACCGAGUAUAAGAGGGAGCACUGCCUUGCCCUCCACGGUUCGGUUGCUCUUCCUCCUGUAUCUGACUCGCAGACGUGCGUACCAGAGCACCGGGAUCUGUCCGCCUCGGUCGAGUUGCUUUUACAACCGCUUCUCUCGUUGACGCUGUGGCACCGAUUACAGCCCACCCCGACUCUCGUCGAGUCCAGAAGCGGUUCGCCAUACACUGAGCUCCGCUUCUCCUUGCGUCUCUCCCGUUUCCAAGUGAGACACUCCGUCCGAUCUGAGCCAGCCAGCGCCAGGCUAAUAUGUCUGCCCAACGAGCAGCUGCCCGACAGCCAUCACGCUCAUCCCAAGAUGACCGUUCCUAUGUCGCCCACGUUCUCCGCCGGCGUCCACACCAAGUCAAGGUCGCCUCAGCGCAACGGCGUCAACAUCCCCUCCGGCCAAGUGGCAAACGCCUCGUCGGACGCCAGCUUAUCGGCACCCUUCGCGCAGCCCCAAGAAGACAUCGACGGCAACAACGACGAGGACGCCGACAUCUUCAUCCUCGCCGCUCCUGCGCAGAAACCCCACACCAGCGAAUCCAACGGCGACUCCUCGUCUACCGAGAGGGCCGCAACGGAUGAAACCCCGACGAACCCCUCCGCUGCGCCGUCUCCGCCCGUCGCCCCGGUGCCGGGUUAUUCGCAGCUCACACAGACCAACAUGGCGCUCCACCAGCGCGAGCUGGCCCAGCUGUACACGCCCACGACGGCCGGCUGGGUGACCGAGGCCGGCAUGGGCACCCGGCUGAUCCGCUCGCCCCCCCGGAGCGUGGCAUACAGCAUGCUCACCACCGUGGCCAGCGUCGGCACGGGCGUGAGCGUGGCCAGCAGCGCCGGCGUCGCGGGGCUGGACCGGCUCGAGAGCCUGCAGUCUGGUAUGCUGGCCGGGAUCCAGGUGUUUGGCGUCGGCGCGUGGUGCGAGGCGCUGGAUGGUCUCGAGUGAGUGAGGCUGGUCAGGUUCUGAUGUCGGAAAAAAACGGGUUCUCGGGAUCGAUAUAUGCUCGGCGAAUCAUUUCGACUUUUGAUCCUGACGCGCGGGACAAUAAGGGGUUGAGCGUUGUUCGGUGUUUGGGGGUUAUGACGGAUCUCGACUCGAUCAUGGCAAAGGGGUUGACGUGAGGGCAGCGUUUCCGUUAUGAGGGUCGGUGGUGGUAGGAAUGGGGUUCAGUAUCUGCCUCGGGUACGGCGUUGAUGCGGAUGGUUUGGUGUA